AUGGAAAACAGAGGCACGUUUUUCAAGGAUUUGAUGGGCGGGCAGCGCCGACAUCCGUCACCGGACCCGUUCGCAGCAGGCGCCAUGUUUCCCGACAAAUCCAGAAAUACACAAACUUGGGCAAGCAUGUGUUGGCGCACGAAAUCGGGCAAGGGUCGUUGUGCAGAAAAUGUGACUGCACUGGGCUUGAUCUCCAUUUUUGGCGGAAACUUUGUAAAAAUUGUGGCUGUCGAAUGGACGAGCAUGACGUACAGCUGCCAAAUCAAUACGACCACGGACAAAUCGUUAUCGGUAAGUUAUAAACCGUAA